AUGGCGAGAGAGCUCUCGUGUCUGCCAUCGUCCGUGCCUGUCAUGUCGCCAAUCCGCCUCCUCCUCGCCUCGGCGGCCCUGGGCCCGCUGCACGCUCUCGCGGCGCCGAGCGGCAGCCCGCGCCAGGUCGCGUCCUACACCGGGAACCCGCUGGCCGACGUGCAAAUGUCCCCCAGCGCCCCGUAUGCCGACAAGAUCCGGACCCUCGCCAUCCCACGGCUGAGCCCGGAGCUAGCCGCCAAGGCCGCCAAGGUCGCCGAGGUCCCGUCCUUUCAGUGGCUUGACGCGAGGGACAAGAUCCCGCUGCUCAACGAAACCCUCGCCGCGAUCCGCGAGGCGAACCGCGCCGGCGCCAGCCCGCCCUUCGCCGCCACCUACGUCGUCUACAACUUCCCGGACCGCGACUGCUCCGCCAAGGCCUCGGCCGGCGAGCUCGUGCUGGCCGACGGGGGGCUCGCCAAGUACGAGAAGGAAUUUAUCGACCCCAUCGCCGCCCUGAUCGACGAGUACUCGGACGUGCGGCAGGUCAUUGUCUACGAGCCCGACGGCCUCGCCAACCUCGUGACAAACAUGGAGGUCGAGCGCUGCGCCAACGCCGCGCCGGCCUACCUGUCCGCGACCGAGUACGCGCUGCGCGCCUUCGACAGACCCAACGCCGCCGUCUACCUCGACGCCGGCCAUGCGGGCUGGCUGGGCUGGGACUCCAACCUGGCCCCGACGGCGCGCGUCUACGGGGCCGCCUACAGGCGCGCCGGCUCCCCCAAGGCCGUCCGCGGGCUCGUCACCAACGUGUCCAACUUCAACGCGUGGAACACCUCGGUCCAGUUCGACUAUACCGUGCCAAACGACAACUGGGACGAGAGCAAGUUCCACGCCGCCCUGGCGCCGCACCUGGCCGAGGAAGGGUUCCCGGCGCGCUUUAUAGUCGAUCAGGGCCGCAGCGGCAGGCAGCCAACAGGCAGGGACUCGUGGGCUGAGUGGUGCAACAUCAAGGGCGCCGGGUUCGGGGCGCGCCCGUCGGCCGACACGGGCGUGGAAACGCUCGACGCUUUCGUCUGGGUCAAGCCCGGCGGCGAGGCGGACGGCACCAGCGAUACAGCGGCGGAGCGCUACGACGAGCGCUGCGGCUCCAACUCGUCUCUCAUCCCGGCGCCCGAGGCUGGUGCUUGGUUCCAGGAGUACUUUGUAAUGCUGCUGCAGAACGCCAACCCGCCAUUCUGA